CUGCUCGUGGCUAGAAAACUCACUUGCAUUCGCUAUGGGGUGAAUCUUGGACAUUGACGCUCUUUACUUUCAAUAUGUCUCUCGGUUUUUCCGAAUGGCGCAAACUGCCUGUCGGUCUGAGCGAACUGUGCAUCAACACGACAUUGCGAUGCGGCCAAUCAUUCAGAUGGCAGCAAUUGCCAGAAAAUGACGAAUGGCGCUGCGUUCUCCGUGGACGCAUCAUCUCCCUCAAGCAGGACCCGUCGCACCUGUAUUACAGAUCCUAUAUCCCUGGAUUCCCAACACCGCAGUCAUCGACCCCUUCAUCGUACGCAGACCACAAACCGAUCCUUACAAAUGGAGAUUCGGCGUCCGAUGAUACCCUGGCAAUCAUUACGCAUUACCUCAAUCUAGCCUCCAACCUGACAGAGCUAUACUCGCAAUGGUCCGAUUCCGACCCGAAUUUCAAGAAGAAAGCACCUAAUUUCACGGGCAUACGCAUUUUGCAUCAGGAUGCAUGGGAGGCCUUAGUUUCGUUCAUAUGCAGUAGCAAUAACAAUAUCGCUCGGAUCUCGCAAAUGGUUAAUAAGCUGUGUACGAAUUAUGGGGAUCUGGUUGGGACAAUUGACGGUCGUCCGUACCACGAUUUUCCGAAUCCAGAGGCAUUGACGGGUGAUGGUGUCGAGUCUAGCCUGAGAAAUUUGGGGUUUGGAUAUCGAGCCAAGUAUAUAUACCAGACAGCAGUUAUGGUGGCGAAGGAGAGGGAAAAGGGGUGGUUAGACUCGCUACGGAACCCAGAAAGUCCGGUAUUGGGUGUUGAAGCUGUUUCUGGAAGUGAAAUGAAACCGGAGGGAAGAUAUGGGUAUCGUAAUGCUCACGAAAAGCUUCUGGAAUUACAAGGCGUUGGGCCAAAGGUUGCGGAUUGCGUUUGUUUGAUGGGGCUUGGUUGGGGAGAAGCAGUGCCGGUCGAUACACAUGUCUGGCAGAUUGCACAACGAGACUACAAAUUCGGAAAAAGUGGAAAUAAGUCAUUGACAAAGGCGACAUAUGAUGCUAUUGGGAACCAUUUUCGCAGGCUCUGGGGCAAGGAAGCUGGAUGGGCGCAUAGUGUUUUGUUCACGGCCGACUUGCGAAGUUUCUCGGAGAGGCUGAGCUCGAAAGUUGACGUUAAGGUUAAGCAGGAAGAUGCCACGCCGGUGGAAACUAGAGUGGUGUCUACGGUCACUGCGAAACGGCCGCGGGAUGAGGACGUGGACAAGGAUAUUAAAAAGGAGGAAGUUAUUGUUCAGGCUGCUGAAACUACCGUCACUCGUAGAUCGAAAAGACGACGCGGAUGAGAAUAUACCAAGCUACGUACAUAUAUUUAAUUAUAAUGCAACA